AUGAACUUGUGCCGAUCCCGCCUUGUCCCCAAGACGGGGGUUUGGUGGUGCCACCUCCCCAAGGUAGGUCUGCGUGUGAUGGGCCACCUGCCUGCGCCGUGGAAGUUGCGCCGCAUGGCAAACGCAGUCGCUCUCCUCGGCUCGACUCGCCUGUGCGCCGCUCCCCACGUCGCCGAUCCUCCAAGCAUCAUGCUGGUGCUGGCGAGCGUCGUUCUCCGCGCUCUGCGUCUCUUGCGCGCUAGUCAUGUCGGCGCCGAUCGCCCGAGCAUGGCUCGAGCCCUCAUGGGAGGAGCGGAGUGGUGGCCCCCUCCACUUAUUUUCCACUACUCUUUUUGCUUCAACCCCAUCCUCACUAGUUACUUCUCCCUCCUCCCCCUCACGUCCUCACGUCCCCUUCCUUCUCCCUUUUCCCCCACUCCCCGCCUCACGCUUUUGUGCUGUCCGCCAGGCGAAGGAGUUGGAGCAGCGCUUGACUGCAGAGCGGGACAGCCUGGCAGCCAGUCUGGCGGCCGCCAUGCAGCAACUGAAGGACAGCCGGGCGGCAAAUGCCCAGGUGAUGGAGGAGGUGAAGGGGAACGAGGCGCAGUCACGUCUUUUGUGCUUCUCUGCCUGCUCUCUUGUCCUGCUAUUUCCACUUAUUUUCCGCUACCCUGCCUGCUAUUAUCCCCAUGUUUCCACUUCUUUCAGUUCCUCUGCUUAAACAUGCCCCCCUGUUUCUUCUCCUCCUUCUCCCUGACCGCUCCUCACCCAUGUUUUUUCAGUUCCUUUGCACAUGCUGCUGAAGGCUGUGGGCAGGCGAGCACAGGAGAAGGUGCAGGGAUGCCGUGUGAUGUGAACCCCCUCUCGACUUUUCCUCUGCGCCCCCAUGCCUCACAGGCGGAGGAGAAGGUGCAGGCAGCUGUGCGGGAGAGGCAAGCCCUGGAGCAGCGCCUGGAGGACUUGGAGCUUUCAACGGCGAACCAGGCAGACGUUGGAUUCGCCUCGGAAAGUGCGCACGUCCUCUCAGGAGUUGAGUUCCCCAUUGCGCUUGUUUUCAUCACAGAAGCGCAGUUCAAGACUGCCGUUGAUUGGGGUGGAAAAAAUAAAGGCGAAUCGUGGUAUGCUGUGAUUGCGAGGUUGUCUCGUGUAACAGUGUAUCGUGGGGAGGAUGGGGAGAAUGAGGAGGAUGAGGAGGAUGGGGAGGAUGGGGAGGAUGGGGAGGAUGGGGAGGAUGGGGAGGAUGGGGAGGAUGGGGAGGAUGGGGAGGAUGGGGAGGAUGGGGAGGAUGGGGAGGAUGGGGAGGAUGAGGAAAAUGAUGAAGAGGGUGAGAAGGAUGAGGACGAUGCGGAGGAGGAUGAGGAGGAGGAUGAAGGGGGUGAGAAGGGUGAGGAGGAUGAGGAGGAUGAGGAGGAUGAGGAGGAUGAGGAGGAUGAGGAGGAGGAGGAUGAGGAGGAGGAUGAGGAGGAUGACUGA